AUAACUGGUCUUCGACAUCAGCCGUCAACUUGUCAUCGUUAGCUUCUGCUUCGGUUUUCAAGAGUGAGGACGUGCUCGACUUUGCCAAACACUAUGGGCGCUGUUAUUGGGAGCUCUCUAAAGCUCGUCUGAGCAUGUUAGUUGUAGCCACAUCUGGCACGGGAUACGUUCUUGGCAGUGCCGGAGCAAUUGAUUACACAGGUCUUUGGGCUACAUGUGCGGGCACCAUGAUGGUUGCGGCCUCAGCUAACUCCUUAAAUCAGGUGUUUGAGGUGAAAAAUGAUGCAAAAAUGAAGAGAACACAACAAAGACCAUUACCUUCAGGGCGGAUUAGCAUACCUCAUGCCCUUUUCUGGGCAUCUAGUGUUGGUGCAGCUGGCACUGCUUUGUUGGCUUGCAAGGCAAACAUGUUGGCUGCUGGCCUUGGUGUUUCUAAUCUCUUUCUUUACGCAUUUGUGUACACUCCUCUGAAACAAAUACAUCCCAUCAAUACAUGGGUUGGCGCUAUUGUUGGUGCUAUACCACCACUUCUUGGGUGGGCCGCAGCAUCUGGUCAAGUGUCACUCAAUGGCUUCAUUCUUCCGGCUGCUCUUUAUUUUUGGCAGAUACCCCACUUCAUGGCCUUAGCAUACUUGUGCCGCCAAGAUUAUGCAGAUGGAGGGUUUAAGAUGUUUUCCCUGGCUGAUGCUUCUGGUAAGAGAACAGCUUCAGUUGCCUUUAGGAAUUGCCUUUAUCUACUACCACUCGGUUAUCUAGCCUAUGACUGGGGCUUAACCUCAGGGUGGUUUUGCCUUGAGUCCACAUUCCUCGCACUUGCCAUCAGCAGCACAGCGACGACAUUCUUUUUCAACCGCACAACAAAAGAUGCUAGGAGGAUGUUUCACGCCAGCCUUCUCUACCUUCCCGUCUUCAUGUUUGGCAUUCUCCUUCAUCGUUUAGACAAUAAUAACGACCAACAGGUAACCAUGAAGAAUACAGAUACUGAAUUAUUCAUGGACCGAAAGAGAGAGAAGUACUCAGCCAGUGCUCAUUCUCGCCCACCCGUUGCAUACGCUUCGGUUGCCCCCUUUCCUUUCUUGCCGGCUCCUUUAUAUGCUGAAUCAUGACCUCAUCAGUUUUUUUGUAUGUAUUCUUAUUAUUACACCCCAUCUUGAAUAAGGGUCAUAUUUGUUGCACAUUAUUUUUAAUAUUAGAAACAUAUUACUUUUUUAUAUUGGGAUUUGGACAUGAACUUAUACACUCUAAGAGUGUUCCACAGUUGCAAUAAGGUUGCAACUAUCUUCUCUUGCAGACUCGGGAUUUUGUAUGGACAUUUUUUAUUCCCACUGUACUGUAAUUAUUAUAUAUUUAUACCUCACUUUAUACGUAGUAUUUAUUAAAAAUAAAACUCAAAAUGUUGAAAAUGUUCAACAAACUCGAUCUCUUUAUGAUCAAUUGUUAUAUUACACAAUUCAAUGAGUAAGAACAUGAAUAGUUACGAGUUA